AUGGUUGGAAGCGUGGCUGAAGGUAUUUCUAAGUGCCCUUCUUUUUCACAAUCCCAAGACCUUCAAGAGCUUUAUGCACCUGAGGGCCUUCCAUCGCCUCCUUCUUUCAGUCAUAUGCAUGUGAAUGAUCUGGGGCUUACACCUUCCCCUGGGUCGCAGCAGCAGCAGCAACAACAGCAACACCCGGCUGAUGCCACCCAUGCAUCGUCCCAAUAUGAAGAGCGUGAUAAACCCAAUGACGGAGAAGCUAUAGUCGAGAAAAAUGCGACAGAAGAUUCUACGCAACAAGCAGAGGACUUGUCAGCUGGCGCGGAGGAACCAUUAUACGAUCCCCUCUUCGAUUCGGACUUCGCUUUCCAGGACCUCGAAUCUGACUUCCUUUCGCAUAAACGCGCUCAUAACGAAGCAUUUCCCGAAGAUUCCGGUGCUGAGGAACCCCUAGAGAAGCGGCAGAACCAGGAUGGAUCAAACGCGGGUGAUGCGUUUUCGGACGAGGCCCCGUCUCUAACGCCUGAUUCAUCUCACCGGCCGGAAUAUAUCGAAACUGCCCUAAAUACGCCAGCCGGUAUAGAGAGGUCGCAUACGCCAAACUCGUUUCUUGACUCUCUUGACCUUUUCCCAGAGUCGGAGUUCCCUACGUCGUUGGAUAAUACGGUGCUAUUCGAUAAUAACCCAAUUCGCCCGGGUCAUGCGACACCUCAGGAUCUAGGGCCAGAGUCUGCUUCCACCAAAUACGCCCAGUUUUCUACCGCAGCACAGUCUGCCAGCGAUGUCACGCAACAGCGGUUUUCGCUCGAUGCGCAAGAUAUACUUUCCAACACAAAUCGAGAGAUCUUACAGCGGGCGGACGAUAUUCCACAAUAUGUGUCCCCAUACCCUGAAUACAGAGGCCCGUUGGGCUACCUUCCAUCGACACCGAGCCUUCAUGUCAAGUGCGUUGAAGUUGUCGACGAGCGUAUGAAUUAUCGUAUGGAAUGUAUUCGCUCCAAGAACCACCAACUGACAUCCGAGCGAAAUAAAUAUAAAAGCUUUUAUGACGAGUUUAGUACGGUGGACCAGGCGACGGGGAAGACCAAGCAUGAGUUGCUUCACCAUGAUAAUGCGAUGCUUCGGCGCAAUGCUACUCGACACCAGAAACGGGUUGAGGCUUACAAACAGGAUAUUGAGCAUUGGAAAAGCAGGUUGAAUGAAGUUUCGACGCUGUACAACAAUCUCCUAUAUGAGGUUGCUAUUCAACGGAGACUUCCUGAAAUUGCGCCACCCUCAGCCAAAUACAAACCCCGACCAAUCCAGGUGCCACCCCAGCCACCCGCUGUUCCAAAUGUGAGACCUCAGUUACCGCCGUAUCUUCCUCCAGGGGAGCUGCCCCCAAACCAACAGCCUCCUCGGAAGCCAUUUCCUAGGCGAGAUGCUCAAUCCACGUCAGACACAGCCACAGCGAUAGCUACCGCAAAUCAACCCCCUCCCCAGCCUCCUCAUUCCUGCCCAGCACCAGCUCCCACGGAGGCUCGUAGCUCGCAAGCAGUUACGAUAGACCUUACAGAAGACGAUCACAACACGGCCCCCAACCAUCCUCCCGAUUAUUCCCCGCCGCCUUCUGGGGCAAACACAGGCAGCGGGGCGGAAGUACUCCAAUCCUUCCGACAGAAAAAAUAUUCCUGGCUCAAGGGACCAAACCAGGUGCCAAGCGCCACGUAUCGGACGGGAUCUUCUCUCAACAAAGCCAAUGCUGAUCAUGCGGCAACCGGGUCAGGAAGCGGUCAUACGUCAACUGACGAUCCUCAGCCCUUCUUCCCACAAAACGGGAACGAUAGUCAUGGCGUUGAGCAAGAUGAACUGGUGCGGAUGAUGGAAGAGGAACUUGCUCAGUAG